GCGAUGCAGCGAUGGAGCGCUGCCCGGGCGGGCGCCGGGGCCGGGGCCCGAGCACCGGGCGGAUCGCGAGCCGGAGCCGGAGCCGCAGCCAGAGCCCGGACCAGGCCGGGGUCCGGGACCGCAGGGCCGGGCUGCUCGUAGCGGCGGCAACGGAGCCCCCCAGCGGCUGAGGGGCUUCCUCCCAGUUCCUGCCGGUGGCCGGGACUCAGCAAGCCCCCGCAGCCUGGGAGCGCGGGGAUCCCCCCACCACAUCCAGGACCCAGAGACCCCCAAGAAAGCGGGAGACCCCUCCAGAUCCAACAGAGAGCGACUCCCCUGCUGGGGAAAGCGGAGACUUCCUCCGUAUUCAGAAGACAGUGACCUCCCUACGGUACGGCUAAGACUCCCCCUCUUCAAUCUGGGCCCCCCCAAGACCUAGAACGCAGUGACCCCCCCCGUCCGGGAUUGCUGGGACACCCCCCCGUCAAGAACCUGGUCAUUACAACUCCACACCUCAAGACACGAAGACCCAGCUCAGAACGCCCCUAGAUCAGGGGGUUCCUAGACCCCCUAAUUCCGGUACACAGGAACCCCAAAUCUAGGGAACUGAGGACAGCGCGAGAGCUAUCCCUCACCAGCAAGAAGCCUCGGGGCCCCCCUCAAAGCUCCAGGACCCGGGCGACUGAGCCCCUCGCGGCGCCCUUCGCAUCCCAGCCUAUGGUUGUGGCGCCCUGAGCCCCCCCCGGGCCGGGCUGACGGAAACCGAGACGGCGCCCAGGCCCCCUGCCGCGGCGUCCCCGCGGCCCCAGCCCAGGGAGAAGAUGAGCGUGGGCUGUCCAGAGCCUGAGCCACCCCGCUCCCUGCCUUGCUGUGGGCCGGGGACUGCCCCUGGGCUGGGUGCAGGGGUGCCCCUCCUCACUGAAGACAUGCAGGCACUGACGCUCCGCACCCUGGCUGCCAGUGAUGUCACCAAGCACUACGAACUCGUCCGGGAGCUAGGCAAGGGCACCUAUGGGAAGGUCGACCUCGUGGCCUACAAGGGCACAGGCACGAAAAUGGCGCUGAAGUUUGUGAACAAGAGCAAGACCAAGCUGAAGAACUUCCUGCGGGAGGUGAGCAUCACCAACAGCCUCUCCUCCAGCCCCUUCAUCAUCAAGGUCUUUGACGUGGUUUUUGAGACGGAGGACUGCUACGUGUUCGCCCAAGAGUAUGCGCCUGCAGGGGACCUGUUCGACAUCAUUCCCCCUCAGGUGGGGCUCCCCGAGGACACGGUGAAGCGCUGCGUGCAGCAGCUGGGGCUGGCGCUGGACUUCAUGCACGGGAGGCAGCUGGUGCACCGCGACAUCAAGCCCGAGAACGUGCUGCUGUUCGACCGCGAGUGCCGCCGCGUGAAGCUGGCCGACUUCGGCAUGACGCGCCGCGUGGGCUGCCGCGUGAAGCGGGUCAGCGGCACCAUCCCGUACACGGCGCCCGAGGUGUGCCAGGCGGGCCGCGCCGACGGCUUCGCGGUGGACACGGGCGUGGACGUGUGGGCCUUCGGCGUGCUCAUCUUCUGCGUGCUCACCGGCAACUUCCCGUGGGAGGCGGCGUCGGGCGCCGACGCCUUCUUCGAGGAGUUCGUGCGCUGGCAGCGGGGCCGCCUGCCGGGGCUGCCGUCGCAGUGGCGCCGCUUCACCGAGCCCGCGCUGCGCAUGUUCCAGCGCCUGCUGGCCCUGGAGCCCGAGCGCCGCGGGCCGGCCAAGGAGGUCUUCCGCUUCCUCAAGCACGAGCUCACGUCCGAGCUGCGGCGCCGGCCCUCGCACCGCACGCGCAAGCCCGCCGGGGACCGCCCGCCCGCCGCCGGGCCGCUGCGCCUCGAGGCGCCCGGGCCGCUCAAGCGGACGGUGCUGACCGAGAGCGGCAGCGGCUCCCGGCCCGCGCCCCCUGCCGUUGGGCCCGCGCCCGCGCCCGCGCCCGCGCCCAUGCCCGUGCCCGAGGCCGGCCUGGCGCCCCCGGGGCCCCCCGGCAGGACCGACGGCCGCCCGGACAAGAGCAAAGGGCAGGUGGUGCUGGCCACGGCCAUCGAGAUCUGCGUCUGAGCCGCCCCCGCCGUGCUCGCACCAGGCCGGGCCCGCGCU